ACAAUGGAAGGUGCUGAAAAAGUGAAAGUAGUGGUACGAUGUCGUCCAAUAUCCACCACAGAGAAACUUCAAGGACAUAAAAUUGCAGUCACCUGUAACGAUGAGGAGAAGGCUGUGAAUAUUAAGAGCCUGAGCCAGGAGGAUCCCCCACGAACUUUUUACUUUGACGCUGUUUUCUCCCCGAAUACGGAUCAAAUGACGGUGUAUAACGUCGCGGCGAGACCCAUUGUGGAGAAUGUGCUCAAGGGGUAUAACGGCACAAUCUUCGCGUAUGGUCAAACAGGGACUGGUAAGACCUUCACAAUGGCUGGGGACUUGGAGCCCGUCGAGAUGCGUGGAAUAAUUCCAAAUUCAUUUGCACACAUUUUUGAUCACAUCGCAAAGUGCCAGCAUGAUACAACAUUCCUCGUCCGCGUAUCCUACCUUGAAAUCUACAACGAAGAGAUUCGAGACCUCCUUUCCAAGGAUCACAACGGGAAUCUGGAGAUUAAGGAAAGACCGGAUGUUGGCGUCUACGUCAGAAACCUGUCGAACCCUACUGUGGAGAAUGCCUCGAAGAUGCAGGCACUGAUGGAGUUUGGCAGCAAAAAUCGAAAAGUUGGCGCCACGGCGAUGAAUUUGGAAUCCUCCCGAUCCCAUGCAAUGUUCACGGUAACCAUUGAAUCCUGCCGGAAUGGCCUGGUGACCCAGGGAAAGCUUCAGCUUGUCGAUCUGGCCGGCUCAGAGCGCCAGAGCAAAACUGGAGCACAAGGAGAGCGGUUGAAGGAGGCGGCGAAGAUUAAUCUGAGCUUGAGCACGUUGGGUAAUGUGAUAAGCUCGCUGGUGGAUGGGAAGUCAACGCAUAUUCCGUAUAGAAACUCAAAGUUGACGCGGUUGUUGCAGGAUUCGUUGGGCGGGAAUUCGAAGACUGUAAUGAUUGCAAACGUUGGGCCUGCCACGUACAAUUAUGACGAGACGCUUUCCACGCUGAGAUACGCAAAUCGUGCGAAGAAUAUUCAAAACGUCGCGAAAAUCAACGAAGAUCCCAAGGAUGCUCAGCUCAGGAAGUUUCAGCUGGAAAUUGAGGCUUUGCGUAAAAUAUUGGAUGAAGAAAAUCCCGGCGACGAUGAGAAUCAAGAAGAGGCCUGGGAAGCGAAAAUGCAGGAAAGGGAGGUGGAAAUGGAGAAAAAGCGGAAAAUUCUGGAGGAACGGGUCAAUUCGGCGGUUAACGAUGAGGAGACGCAUCGAUUGGUGAAGGAGAUGAUGGAGAAUGAGGCGGAAUUGAAAAAAGCUAGGAGUGAGCAUGAGAAAUUGAGAUCAAAGCUAGAAAAAAUCGAGAAAAAGCUUAUUGUGGGAGGUGAAAACUUACUGGAAAAAGUCGAGGAGCAAGCGAAACUUCUAGAAGUGAACAACAAAGAGCUGGAGCAAUCCAAAUUCCAGGAGGCCCACCUCAGAACUCAAUUGGAAGAACGGACGGCUGUAAAAGUGGAAAUUGAGGAGAGGUAUUCAUCUUUACAAGAGGAAGCCUUUGUAAAAUCCAAGAAAAUCAAAAAAGUUAGCAAUGAGCUGAAGGAUGCUCGAGCGGAGCUUAAGGAUUUGGAAGAGGACCAUCAGAGGCAGGUGGAAGCUAUGUUGGAUGAUAUUCGCCAGUUGAGAAAAGAGCUCCUACUAAAUAUUGCCAUAAUCGAUGAGUACAUUCCGGUGGAGCACGUGGAGCUAAUUGAGAAAUAUGUCAGUUGGAGUGAGGAGCACGGAGAUUGGCAGCUCAAAGCAAUUGCCUAUACUGGAAAUAAUAUGAGAGCCUCCGCGCCGCCGGCUAAGAAGGAGUUUUCGAACAACAACCAAACGGUGCCAAUGUACUACUCGUAUCGUGCAGAUCUUGGUGCAUCAACCGCCGAGCACAGGCCACGGACGAGCUCCAAAAAACAUCGAGCAUCAAUUCGACUACAACAAUUGCUCACAUAACUGGUACAGGUACAUAUUCAUCUCCAUCAAUGUUACGCUGAAUUUGCAGUGACAUCUUUUGGCUCCGCCCACUUUUUGCCAGCAGCUCCCCGAGCACCUCCACUCCCUUUUGGCUUCCAAUUUUUCUGUGUACUUUGCCAUUUUCUGCUGUAUUUUGCCUGUGCCACGUGUGCCACGUACUUUUUCGAUAAAUCUGGUCAUACCUUUA